CCUUAUCGCCACGGGCAAAAGUUGAAAUGCGCAAUCAGCAACCAGACACGAUAAAAUCCCGAAACAAUAAUUGAAGCCAUCACUAAAACCUAUCAAACUCGCUUAUCAUAUCGAUGAUGUGACGGUCGCGAAAGCCAUCGUAGACGCAAUUAACAAGCGUCUCUCAGUAAUCGGACGGAAAUAAAUCCACAAACAGUUAAAGUUCGCCAUUUGAAGUGACUGAUUGUUGGAAAUUAAUAAUCGCUUCAAUGCAACAAUUUGGUAAACUUCAAAAUACAAAAAAGUAACUGUGUGUAAGGUCGAAGCCCACGAAUGAACAAAACUUCGUGUUUAGUAUCAAUGUGAUAACAAAUCUGAUAAGCAACAUAACUAUAAAUCAAUGCGCACACAGAAAGUUUCCGAACGCAGAUCGCAAGAUCGAUUGGAACACAAAUUUAGUGACAUUGUGUAACCGUCGAGAAAGAACUAUUUUAUUUUGUGCUUCCGUAUUUUGACUGGUUUGGAUUCAAGAAAAUAGUGCUAAAUGUGGUGGGUUUUCCAUGUGCUAUGGUUGAUUCUAGUGAUAGGACUAUUCUUCCUCAUAUUGCGUCGGAUAUAUCACUUCGGCAUGCAUGGCACGGAACAGCAGUAUGAAACCAGAAAUUCACAGGAUAUUCGUAAUCAACAGUAUUACAUAUUCACGAUAUACGAAUCCCAGCAAAACGCCAGAAAUCAGCAAGCAUCGGAUCAACCGCCACCCAAUUACGAACCGCCUCCGCCACCACCCAAAUACGAUGAUGUGAUAAAAUCACCGGAUUUGUACCAGAAGCCACCAUCGUACAAUCAAGUACAAUAAUUUAUUUCUUAGCUUAUUCUAAAACAAUCGACACAACUACUAGAAUAAAACUUGUUUGUGAGUUGUUGCACUUACCGUCUUUA